CAGAACCAAUUCGUACACCCCACCCAGAUAUUAGAAGGUCUAAGUGGGCCAUUCUUGCUUCUCUUUUUUGCUAAUCAUGCUUUUUUUUCCCUUAAUCUACUUGUCUUCUUUGUUAAAUAAUUAUCUUAAUCUCAGUUAAUAUCAUGAUUAGUUCUCUAUAUAGUUUACUCACUUCACCUUCUUCCCGUCAUCGAUAUUUUUUUGUUAUGAGUCUUUCUUUCUCUUCUCUAUCUCAGAUGACAUGUUGGGAAUCAUGUCGUUCCAUUCAGAAUAUGAUUCUCAAUCUUAUUCAAACCUACCAUCUUUUUCUUCACAACCAAGCCUCCAAUCACUUCCUUCUCUUACCUCAGACCGGCAAUACUUCCUCUCUACCACCAGUCGCCAGCACCACUGCCUCGCCACUCUUAAGGGCCACACCACAUACAUAUCCUCUCUAACCCUAGCUGGAAAGUUCCUAUACAGUGGUUCCUCGGACAAAGAAAUCCGAUCUUGGAACCGAAACCCUUUAGACUCGGAAGUUAUUGAUCAAGAAAACCUAUGCAAUAGCGUAGUAGCUGCGGGGAAAGGUGCAGUGAAGUCUUUAGUAGUUUUAGCUGAUAAGCUAUUUAGUGCUCACCAAGAUCAUAAAAUCCGAGUAUGGAGAAUCAGUAGCCAAGAACUUGAUAAUCAACAUCAACAAAAGUAUACACAUUUAGCCACACUACCUACUCUUGGUGACCGUGCCUUCAAGAUUCUGUUGCCAAAGAACCAAGUUCAGAUUAGAAGGCACAAAACAUGCACAUGGGUUCAUCAUGUUGACACAGUAUCAGCAAUUUCCUUGUCGAGAGAUGAGUCUCUUCUCUAUUCCGUUUCAUGGGAUAGAACACUCAAGAUAUGGAGGACAAGUGACUUCAAAUGUUUGGAGUCAAUAGCAAAUGCACAUGAUGAUGCUAUAAAUGCAGUAGCAGUAUCAGAUGACGGAGACGUUUACACUGGAUCAGCUGACAAGAAAAUCAAGGUAUGGAGGAAAAGCACAGGGGAGAAAAAGAAGCAUUCUCUAGUUGGUACAUUAGAAAAACACAACUCUGGGAUUAAUGCCCUAGCACUAAGCACGGAUGGGUAUCUUCUAUAUUCUGGUGCUUCUGACAGAUCAAUAGUGGUGUGGGAGAAGGAUGAUGAUGGUGGUGGCGACAUGGUGGUUUUGGGUGCUCUUAGAGGGCACAAACAGUCCAUAUUAUGCCUGGUCGUUGUGUCUGAUUUGGUCUGUAGUGGCUCUGGCGACAAAACUAUAAGAGUUUGGAGAUGUGUUGACAGGAACUACUGUUGUUUAGCAGUCUUUGAAGGACACAAAGGCCCUGUCAAGUGCUUGACAGCAACUAUUGAUCAUCACAAUUCAUCUGAAACAUCGUACCUUAUCUACAGUGGAAGUUUAGACUGUGAUAUCAAGGUCUGGCAGCUUCAUGUCCCCAUCGACAUCUAGCAAAACUUCUUCUUCUUCUUCAACUAGGCUGAUUUUUGUACAUGCAUAUGACAUGAUAUGAUAUGAUUGAGACGACUCUUCAUAAUUCUCUCUUCCUUUUCCUUUUCAUCAUCCAUCUUUGCUAUUUUUCUUUGUCCACCUUUCUUUUUUAAGGUCAUAAGUUUGUAGUUGUUUUUCUUGUGAAGACUGCUGCGUGGGUAAGCUUUGAAACUAAGGGUCCGCAAUGAGAUAAUUCGCUCUAGCUUUAAUGCUGUUUUGUUUUAA